AUGGCGUCGAGUUUCUUCACUCAAAUCCCUUCACUCUCUUCAAUUUUCUCCAUCUACACAUCUCUCUCCGCCUUCACAAUCCUCUUCCGAACCAUUCUCCACGAGAUCAUUCCCGAAAAAAUCCGUGAUUUCAUCGUCUCCCGUUUCUCAGACUACUUCUCCUCUUAUUUCAACACAAAUUUCACAUUCAUCAUCCAGGAACAGUGCGAUUACGUAACGAAUCAGACUUUCCGUGCAGCCGAAACUUACUUGCCGACCCUUCUCGCCGGAAUGUCCACCGGAAGUCUCCUCGUCCACUCGAGCAACCUCAAUAACCCGCUCGCUAAACCGAAAUUCGGAAUCCCGGUUAAAGCCAAAAUCUUCGAUGAAUUCGAAGGGAUUCCUCUUGAGUGGACUCUUCUCUCUGAACGAAACGAGAAUCCUCACCAGAGUAGACCAAAACGGUACUUUCAUUUGACAUGUAAGAAGGAGUUUAGGGACAAGAUUAUGUCAGAUUACUUCACAUACAUUGCAAAAUCAUCGGUUGAGAUAUUGACACACGUAGAGAAUCUCAACAUCCACACUUACCAUCCAGAAUGGGGAUGGGAAUCAACAAUCUUCCAACACCACACGACGUUUGAAACCUUAGCAAUGGAACCUGAGCUCAAGAACACACUGAUCCGUGACCUAGACGCUUUCUCCAAAGGAAAAGACUUCUUCAAAUCUGUAGGACGAGCUUGGAAACGCGGUUAUCUUCUUUACGGUCCACCUGGAACCGGAAAAUCGUCUCUUGUUGCUGCGAUUGCUAACUACAUGAACUAUAGCAUCUAUGAUCUUCAGCUUCAGAGCGUUAAGAAUGAUGCGAUGCUCAGACAGAUUCUUACUUCAACCGACAACCGCUCCAUUCUUCUCAUCGAAGAUCUUGAUUGCAAUGGAGCUGAUGCUUCUUGCAGAGACGAAAAAAAAGAUGAAGGAGGAGAUGGUGAGAAUCAGAACAAGAAGAAGAAGGAGAAGGAUCCUAAGGUCACUUUGUCUGGUCUACUAAACUUUGUAGACGGGUUAUGGUCAAGCUGUGUAGAGGAACGGAUCAUAGUCUUCACUACGAACCAUAAGGAGAAACUGGAUCCGGCAUUGUUGAGACCAGGAAGAAUGGAUGUCCAUAUACUCAUGGACUAUUGUACGCCUGUUGUGUUCAAGAAGCUCGCUGCAUUGUAUCUUGGAAUCGAAGAACACGAUUUGUUUGAGCCUAUUGGGAAGAUGUUCCUUGAGGUGAAAGCAACUCCGGCUGAGAUCACAGAGCAGCUUAUGGUGAGCAAGAAUCCGGAUGUUACGCUCAAGGGUCUUGUUGAGUUUCUCGAAGGCAAGAAGAUGAGUAAAGAGAGUGAAGGAUCAGAAAUUAAAGAGACAGAAGCAAGAUGUUCCUUGAUGUGA